AUGUCAGACAACCCAACUUAUAGCCAAGAUGGUAGAGACGAGAGUCAUGCCUCAGCAUCACUGAAUAUUAGUAAGAGAUUCAUUUCGGAUACCUACGACCAAGGUGCCCUAGUAGAUACAAGAGUUGAGGAGGUGACCUUUUUUAGGGACCUCACCUCUGUGCUUAGACAGAUAGCUAGGUCUCUCCCUAGUUCAUCAGCAGCACCACCUCCCCCUCUAGUACCCUCAACGGUAUUUGCCCAGCUAAACCCACCAGAUGAAGGAGCUAGUACCCACAUCGCGCUCAAAGGUUUUACUCGUCCUGUUUGUGCUCAGUGUCAAAACAUGCACGUAGGGACUUGUCAGCAGAGGGAGACUCCAGCUCCUACUCAGAGGUAUGUAUCUUCAGUUCAUGGAGGACGAGGACUGACUAGAGGUGGUAAUACUACUUCGGGGCAGCAGAAUUGUGUGACAGCUAGACCAGUGACUGGUGCAGAGCCUAGAUUGACCUCCAGACACUUUGAAACCAAUAUCACCAUUGUUAAUACAUCCGCUACUCCGACUGAGAGAGUGACUGUGGUGGUGGAGAAGCUUGAAGUUACCGAGAAGGAGCCACAAUCGUCACCACCUGCUCCCGUUCCGGAGCCUGAGGUGCCCGUGAAGCCUGCAACAGCUGUUGUUAUUGAAAAAAAUGGGAAGAAGUUGAUGAGAAGGCCAAGGAUAAAGAAAGUAAGAUUACUGAAUCGGUUUCUUUCGAAGAAGAAACUAAUAUCGUUGGUGAACUUCCCGGGGCUUAAAAGAAGGCUCUUUGAUGAGCUUAAACAACUUAUUCAAGAAGCGCUUAACAAGCACAAAUUCACUGCCAAAGAAGAAGAAAAACCAGUGGAAACUGAAGCACCAACCUCUUUUGAAGUUAAGGAAGAAGAAAAAUCUUUUCCUCCACCAGUAGCAGCAGUUGAGGAGCCGACUGUCGAGGCGGUGAUUGUGGAAACCGAAGUGGUUGGAAAGGUGACAACCGUAGACGAUGACGGCGCCAAGACGAUGGAGGCAAUUGAGGAGUUUGUAGUAGCAGUCGCCACUCGUCCCGCAGAAACAAAGGAGGAGGCUGCCAUUGAAGUUGCUCCUCCUCAAACCGGGGAGACAAAAGAAGCUGAAGUUACACCGCCACCAGCCGAGCAUGUGUCUAUAUGGAGAAUUCCACUCUUGGCAGAGGAGAAAAGCGAUGUGAUCCUGUUGAAAUUCCUGAGGGCAAGAGAUUUCAAGAGUGUUGUGGAGAUGUUAAAUUCACCUCAAGGACAUAAGAAGAGCCUCCAAAAAUCCAUGCGAAAAGGCUCAUCUGGUGCCUCAUAUAAAGAUUUGUGGCAUGCUGUGGGAGAAGGGUCCUUGCCUGAUGUAGAUUCAGCAUUGGCGCUAUUGAAGAAGAAUGGAAGUAAUAUCAAUUCGAGGAACAGUUUGGGUCUGACUCCUCUUCACAUUGCAACUUGGAGAAACAACAUUCCCAUUAUUCGAAGGCUUCUAGCUGCUGGUGCUGAUCCUGAUGCUAGGGACGGAGAAUCUGGAUGGAGUAGCCUUCAUAGGGCUCUGCAUUUCGGUCAUCUUGCUGUGGCGAGUGUUCUUCUCCAGUCUGGUGCUUCUAUUACAUUGGAAGAUUCAAAAUGUAGAACUCCUGUAGAUCUCCUGUCAGGGCCUGUUUUGCAGGUUUUUGGAAGUGUGCAGCAUUCAGUAGCUACUGAGGUGUUUAGCUGGGGAAGUGGUGUAAACUAUCAACUUGGAACUGGAAAUGCCCACAUACAAAAUUUACCUUGCAAACUUGAUUCGUUUCAUGGCUCUAAAAUCAAGUUGAUUUCUGCUGCUAAGUUUCACAGUAUAUCUGUCACAGCUAGUGGAGAAGUCUACACCUGGGGUUUUGGAAGGGGGGGCCGUCUUGGGCAUCCUGACUUUGACAUUCAUAGUGGUCAUGCUGCAGUUAUCACUCCCCGCCAAGUGACUUCUGGUUUAGGGGCUCUUCGGGUGAAAGCAAUUGCUGCAGCUAAACAUCACACUGUAAUUGCUACUAAGGGUGGGGAUGUAUUCACUUGGGGAUCCAAUAGAGAGGGUCAGCUGGGCUAUACGUCUGUGGAUACCCAACCAACACCACGUAGGGUAAGUUCACUUAGAUCACGAAUAGUUGCUGUUGCUGCUGCAAAUAAGCAUACUGCUGUUGUCUCUACAUCUGGUGAAAUUUUCACAUGGGGCUGCAACCGAGAGGGUCAACUUGGCUAUGGAACCUCUAAUUCAGCAUCAAAUUACACACCAAGAAUAGUUGAGUAUUUGAAAGGCAAGGUCUUUGUAGGCAUAGCGGCUGCAAAAUAUCACACAAUUGUUUUGGGAGCUGAUGGUGAGGUAUAUACUUGGGGUCAUCGACUAGUCUCACCUAGACGAGUUAUCAUUUCUAGAAAUUUAAAAAAGAGUGGAAGCACCCCCAUGAAAUUCCAUCGGAAGGAACGGCUUCAUGUGGUUGCAAUAGCUGCUGGGAUGGUACAUAGCGUUGCUUUGACUGACGAUGGAGCAUUAUUUUAUUGGGUUUCCUCGGAUCCUGAUCUUAGAUGCCAACAGUUAUAUUCAAUGUGUGGAAAAGAAAUAGUAAGCAUUUCUGCGGGCAAAUACUGGACUGCGGUUGCCACUGCUACAGGUGAUGUUUACAUGUGGGAUGGCAAGCAAUGUACAGACAAACCACCUAUCGCAACUCGGUUACAUGGCGUUAAGAGGGCUACUUCAGUUUCAGUUGGUGAAACUCAUCUUUUGACUAUUAGUUCUCUCUACCACCCUGUGUAUCCUCCCAAUAUGCGCAAAAUUGAUAAGGAACCGAAGUUGAAAGUUAAUGAUGAACUAGAAGAACUUGAUGAGGAAUGCAUGUUUGAUGAUUCAGAGUCAAGUAGCAUAACAUACAUGCAUAAAAUUGAUUCUGAGCAGAAGCAUAUACCAAGCUUGAAGAGUCUUUGUGAGAAAGUCGCAGCAGAGUGUCUAGUGGAGCCAGGGAAUGCAAUUCAACUACUUGAAAUUGCUGAUUCUCUUGGAGCAGAUGAUCUGAAGAAGCAUUGCGAGGAUAUUAUUAUUCGGAACUUGGACUAUAUUUUAACAGUUUCAUCUCAAGCUUUUGCUAGUGCUGCACCAGAUGUUCUAGCUAAUCUUGAGAAGUCAUUAGACCUUAGAUCAUCUGAAUCAUGGAGUUACCGCCGGCUUCCCACUCCCACGGCAACCUUUCCGGUUAUCAUCAAUAGCGAAGAGGAGGAUAGUGAAGGUGAGGUUCUAAGGACCCGUAACAACAACAAGAAUAAGAACCUUUUGGAAAAUGAAGGAGACAGGUCAGAUUCCUUUCUGCAACCUAAAGAUGAUCCUAAUCUCGGUAUUUCCAAACAAGUUCGAGCUUUGUGGAAGAAGUUGCAGCAGAUUGAGGUGCUUGAAGUGAAGCAGUUGAGUGGAUGCAUCCUUGAUGACCAGCAAAUUGCAAAGUUGCAAACAAGACCUGUUAUUGAAAAUUCUCUUGCUGAGCUAGGUGUUCCAGUUGAAAGAUUGCAGUUGAAAGGAUCAUCUUCGAUUCCACCUGAUGGAAAAGGAAAUAAAAAGGCCGAGAUUUCGAGAAAGCAGAAGAGGAAGAACAAACAAAGGGUAGAUCAAGAUGAGACAGCAUCUGGUUUUAGUAUUACUGACAAACUAAAAUCUGUGAAGGACUUCCCUGACAUUGAAAUUCCCCAAGUUUUAAUGAGUAAGGAAGAAAAUGCUAGGUCAGAAGGAGCUAUGGCAAACAAAGCCUCGAAAGAGUCUGCUUUCUUUGUUAAGAAAAAGGAAAGUUCAGUGCCCGCAAAAGAUAAGGGUACUCCGCAAACAGCAACCAAGAAGAAGAAUAGGAAAGGUGGGCUCUCUAUGUUUCUGAGUGGUGCUCUUGAUGACACCCCCAAACAAGUGACUCCCCCGCCACCAUCAACCCCCCGUAGUGAGGGCCCUGCAUGGGGUGGUGCAAAGGUUUCAAAGGGAUCUGCUUCACUUCGUGAAAUUCAGGACGAGCAGAGCAAGCUACAGGUGAAUCAGAAAACUGGAAGCAAAAAUCAGGUGGAAGAUCUUUCUUCCGAUAACGUUGAAGGUAAAAUCCUGCCGAGUUCAUUUUUAUCAUCCAAGCCAAUUCCAGUUGUCUCGGCUCAAUCAUCACAGGCAUCCGAUGUACAAAAAAGCACACCUCCUUGGGCUUCUUCUGGUACCCCUCCUCAUCCUUCUCGUCUGUCUCUCAGGGACAUCCAGAUGCAGCAGUUGAAGCAAGAGCAGAGUUUUUCUAACAGUCCGAAGAUGAAAAUGUCUGGGUUUUCAGUAACUUCAGGUCAAGGGUCAUCAUCUGAUUCCCCAGGGAUGAACCGCUGGUUCAAACCGGAGGUGGAAGCACCUUCAUUAAUUCGUUCUAUUCAGAUCGAAGAGAGGGCUAUGAAGGACUUUAAACGCUUCUACAGCAGCGUCAAAGUUAUAAAAAACCAGUCAUAAAAGAACCAACUGAAACUUGGCUGUUUCAGGUGGCACCAAGGAAUUUAUUUCUCACCUGUGGUUAAAUGUAAAUUUGACUGUACAGAUGUUCUUACUGUGCAUUUAACCUCCUUUCUAAGGUUAAUUUCAACAUAACAUUGUUUUUUAGAUCAUGGAAGAUCUUUUAAGUUUUUCUUGAUCUAACUU